CUCCCUCACCGUCACCACCACCACCGACUCCGCCGACAGUCUCUCUAUUAACAACGUUACCGUCAACUCGGAGCCACUCUACAGAGACGCCUCUCUCGUUAUCUUCACAACCGACCACUUCUUCGACCCGUACUUCCAGCUUCCAGCCAAAAUCCCCCACCGCACUGGAACAACGGAUCCUUAUUCCUCCUCCGCCGCCGCGUGUUUUGCGGGAAGAAAGAACCACCGGAAGUCGUUCUCCUCCGGCGAAGCCUUUUCUUUCAAAGAAGCUAGCAGCGUUCUGAGAUCCAAAGGCUGCUUCCUAAUGGCUGAGCUUCUCGACACGCAGUUUCUCGCCAUCAGGAACCGCCCACAGCUGACGCUUUUCGCCCCCAUGGACAAGGUCGUUACGUCCACCAACGCCACAAGGGGCCACGUGGCAGCAACUAAUAACAACAACCCAAGACUAAGAGGUCACUCGUCUAUUCUUCGCCACCACCUCGUGCCUUGCAAGAUCCUUUGGAGCGAUCUUUUGACGUUGGAGGAGGGUACUCUAAUUCGGACCUACGAGAGAGGGUUCACGCUCAACGUCACGAAGUCAACGGAAGACGUGCUAUUGGUCAACGGCGUUCCGGUGAUUUCCCCUGAACUUUAUAACAGCGACUGGCUCGUCGUUCAUGGCCUCCAAGAAGUGCUUUCGCCUUUGAAGGGCCGAAAAGGCAGAGGAGUAGAAGGUUCUGGAAGGAUCUCGGAGGCAGCGGCGGAAGUUGGUAACGCGACGUCGUAUGGGGAAGAUAGCGCUGCGCAGCAUUUCCACUUCUCUGUUUUCCAUUAGGUGAUAACGAAAAGAUUAUGUUUGCUUUUCUUGAAAUUAAAUUUCGGACUCUUAAUUUUGUGCUGAGAAUUGGGUUUUUGAAAAGAUCAUUAUUUUAGUGAAUAUUUACAGUGAUUAUGAAUGCGUCUUAACGGUUGAGGGGCUAACUCCCUAGUUAAUAGUUAGGAUUAAUUAGUUCGCCAGGGCUAUUUACAAUGCAAAUGCGUUAAACAAUGAUCAUGUAAAGGUUUUCAACUAGGAAUAGGUACUGUUGUAUUUUCUUUCU